AUGGCCGAUCCAAUAGAAAUCACUCAGGAGCCAAGAGGGAUAAAACGAAAAGCAUCUGAUUCCAUCUCAACUGCUUUGCCCCCCAGGAGGAUCCAGGCCCUUGACCCUGAUGUCAUCAACAAAAUUGCAGCCGGUGAAAUCAUUGUUGCACCAGUUCAUGCCUUGAAGGAGCUUAUAGAAAAUUCAGUGGAUGCUGGAUCUACUUCACUAGAAGUAAUAAGCAAGGAAGGAGGAUUAAAAUUUCUUCAAAUCACAGAUAAUGGACAUGGUAUUAGCAAAGAAGAUCUUCCUAUACUUUGUGAACGCUUUACGACAUCAAAACUCAAAACCUUUGAUGAUUUAAACUCUAUUGGGACAUAUGGUUUUAGAGGCGAAGCUCUAGCAAGUAUCAGCCACAUUGCCCAUCUUACUGUAACCACAAGAACGAAAGAUUCUAAUUGUGCCUAUCGUGCCACUUAUCAAAGUGGAAGGUUAGCUCCAACAAAACCUGGUCAAAGUACUGAACCAAAACCGGUGGCAGGUCGUCAUGGAACCCAAAUCACAGUCGAAGAUCUUUUUUAUAACGUUCCCACAAGACGCCGAGCCUUUCGUUCAGCGUCAGAAGAAUACAAUAAGAUUAUAGAUGUAGUCAGUAGAUAUGCUGUACAUUGCAAUGGCGUUGCAUUUAGUUGUAAAAAAUUUGGGGAAGCUAACACCUCGAUUGCCAUUCAAUCAAACUCCUCGACAAUAAUUCGUCUACGCCAAAUAUACGGUAGUAACGUGGCAAAUGAGUUAAUAGAAUUUGAGUCCAUCGACGAUAACUUGGGAUUUCAGGCACGGGGAUGGACUAGCAGUGCAAACUACCACUCCAAAAAGAUAACUCUGCUCUUGUUCAUUAACAAUCGCUCUGUCGAGUCUACCAAUAUGCGAAAGGCUAUUGAGCAGAUGUAUACCAUGAUUAUCCCCAAAGGCGGUCAUCCAUUUGUCUAUCUCAGCCUGGAACUUGAACCUCAUCGUGUCGAUGUUAACGUUCAUCCUACAAAACGAGAAGUCAAUUUUCUCAAUGAAGAUGAGGUUAUCGAGAAAAUCUGUAAUGACAUAAGAGCCAAACUUACCGUUUUUGACUCAAGUCGAACUUUCAAAGUACAAAGCCUACUUUCUACAAGUAGUAGUGAACACACGCCAGCAGAUAUCACAGAGCCAGAGCCUUUAAAAGGAACCAAACUAAGCACCCAGAGGCCUAGAAUCUACGAGAAUAACCUCGUGCGGACGGAUUCGAAACUUCGCAAAAUUACCAGUAUGCUUUCAUCAAAUAUUGAAAAUGAAAUUGGAACAUCAGAAUAUGUAGAGGGCAGUUCAAAUCAUCAGAAAACUUCGAACCGCGAGCCAGUUAUAUGUCGCUUGGUCACUAUAAAGGAGCUUCGCGCGGAGGUUCGUAAGGAAAUGCAAACCAAUCUGACUGAAAUAUUCGCUAGCCACACAUUUGUAGGCGUCGUUGAUGAGCAUCGUCGCAUUGCUGCAAUUCAAGGCGGUGUUCGACUCUUUCUUGUUGAUUAUGGUGCGGUUUGCAAUGAAUAUUUCUACCAAGUUGGCCUCAGCGAUUUUGGAAACUUUGGUGUUAUACGUUUUGACCCGCCUCUAAAUUUGAGCGAGCUUCUCAUUCUCGCUGCUGAGAGUGAAAAGAAAAGGGCACCAACUACCACCAUAGGAGAUGGGUUUGAUGUCAAAGAGGUGGUUGAGACAGUUCGCACCCAACUCAUAAAUCGCCGCGAAAUGCUACUAGAGUAUUUUUCCCUUGAAAUUUCCGCGGAAGGAGAAUUAUUAAGUAUGCCACUACUUUUGAAAGGCUACACGCCCAGCCUGGCUAAAUUGCCCAGUUUCCUUCUUCGUCUUGGUCCAUACGUAAAUUGGACAUCAGAGAAGGAAUGCUUCUCAAGCUUUCUUCACGAAUUGGCUUGUUAUUACAGUCCUGAGAUGCUACCACCCUCUUCGGAGCUUACAAGUACAGCUGCUUCAACCUCAGAAAUUGGGAUACGAAGAGAACAGAUUAACAAUGCCGUUGAGAACGUACUAUUUCCUGCUUUUAAAAUGAGACUAGUCGCUACUAAAGCACUAAAUGGUGCUGUUAUAGAGGUUGCUAAUCUUAAGGGGCUAUACAAGGUGUUUGAACGGUGUUAG